AUGACAUAUAUGCAGAUAAAGACAUGAUAAUAAAGGUUUUGGCUUGAUGUGAUCAUUCGUCAACAUAUUAUCGAUUUCAGUUGAUAAAAACGACCAUUGUGUUGGUGGUGACAUUGAGAUUGAACAGUCGUGUAUUUCGUAAAGUGAUUCAGUUCAAGAGGAGUUGGACAGUUUGUGGUUUAAAUUCGUGUGCUCUUAUAAUGUAAGGAUUCUCACGUCAUGAUCUUUAAAAUGAGGAUAUUUAGUGAAACGUUCGUUCUGAGUGUCGUCUUCAUACUGACAACCAUAAAUGUAACCAAUGGUUGCAGUUUCCUUCGACCUAAUGAUUCAGAGGUGAAUCUUGAUGAUGUUGCACCAGAUUCAACAGUGUAUAUAGGAAUUGGAGAAAUUUCAGAUAAUGAAGUUCCUCGAUUACUUUACGCUGGCAAAACUUACGGAAUUGUCAGUUUUGACCCAGUUUCAGGAGGAGAAAGCAAAUAUCUUUCCUCUAAUUUAAAUGGUGACAUACUUGAAAUAUCCUUAACUGAAAGCUAUAAGGACUGGGAAAGUUUAGAGGAUACGUCUUUCUCCCACGUUCUCACAGUAAUUUUGGAGACGGAUUGUAGACCAGGAGUGAAAGUGGAAUUCAGAUUAUCUAUAGAUCGCUUUACAAAUGGGUACCCCCCCACAUUCCUGGAAUCAAGUUACGAUAUCAGUCUGGUUGUGCCAUUACCUGUGGGCUCUACCAUUAUCGGAGAUUGUGGUGUUACAGACAUCGAAGUAACAGAUUUUGAUUAUAAUAACCAGUAUCCAAGCCAAGUGGAAUUUGUUCUGAGCGAAGCAGCGGAAAAGCUUCAAGUGUCUUCCGUAAAAAGAAAUGGGAAGAAGUGGGCCGUGAGUCUGAAGACAACAGAAACGUUCAAUAUUGUACAGCCACUUACAUUUUCUUUGACUGCUUAUGAUGUAUUUCCUGGGGACACAGGAUUGUCAAGUGUAGUGCAAAUAACAUUAACACCAAAUUUAGAGGUUUCUACUCCUCAGUCUCCUCUCUUCAAGGAGCCAAUUCAUAUUUUGGACAUAAAAGAUGGAGAAGACAUAAUUGGUCCAAUAAAGGCAACCUUAGUUGAAGGUUUUUCUGCGGAAGUUGACGUGGGUCUUGCGUAUUCACAUGGUGAAAAUCUUGAGGGAUUCUUUGAUGCAGACAUCAGCGGAGAUACUGUAACUGUGACACUAAGAGAGUCGUCUUCCAUCACAGAACUGAGUGGAAACUUUGGUGUCCUUAUUCUGGUGGCAACGCAUCGAGAUACCGGUCAAAGCGGAAGGACUGUGAUCCACGUAACGCUGCCAGGCAAUUAUGCGACUCCCCCACCAACAAGUACAACGGAAGUUUUCACGUGUCCGACAGAACCAACAACAGUGUACCUGCCCUGUACAACUGAAAUUGCCACUGAAUGUCCAGUGCAAACGUGUCCAGAUGUCACCACAGAAGAAAUAUUAAUGUGUACGUGCCCAGCCUGCCCAACAGAAGUAACGCAAUGUCCGGAAUUAACAACGCAAUCUGUAGAAUGCCCACCUUGUUCAACCGAAGACAUUACCAGCACAUCAUCAUCAUUUCCUUCAGGUACAACAGAAGCUUGCAUUUGUACAACGGAAGUCACAUAUUUUCCAUGUGAAAACAUCACUACUGUCACCAGCACAGAUAAAACUACUGAUCCGUCUGAACCUUGUGACUGCACUUCUGUGACAACAGAAUGUUCUGAAGGCACUACUGAAACUGCUUCUAAUGAUACAACAGAACCGACCACCAGCACCGAAUGUACACCAUGUGACUGUUCAUCUGUGACGGCAGACUCAACACAGACUACUGAAGUUACGUCAGAAGGUGAGCCGGGAGAAAGUACAACAACAGAAGAGUCAACACCAUGUGCCCAGAGUACAACACCUUUGGCACCAUGUGGGGAUGUUACAGCUCCUCCAGAAAAAAAAUGGAUUCGCUUCAGAGAUCCAGAUGCUGCAGUUUCUGUCUACUCACAACAAAUAGGAUACAUAAAGACAAUGAGUGCAUUCUGCAGUCAUGACUGUACAAUAGAAUAUCACAUUGAGGAUGGAUCUCUAAGCGACAGCCUUUUUAUAGAUCCUGAGAAUGGAAGAAUAAAUGUGACUCAGAAUAUUUCUGAAGCUGGUCACUUCUAUGUAACAGCUGUUACAGUGAUUGAAGAAGUCCUCUACGAUGAUAGAACAAGGGUGCAUUUGAACGUGAUGAAUCUGCAGCCAUGUAGCAAUGGUUCUCAGUGGACACAUUCCCUUGCAGUGAAACGUAUUCAAGAGGGAUUAAACGUACCUUACACUUUGGAGAAAUGUGAUUUCGGGAAUGGGUGUCAGUGUACGCUGGAAAGCGUCAUACCCGAAAAGGCAAGAGAGUACUUCACUGUUGGUGAAGAGGUUAUCUUGAAUAAUGUAAUUGACCGCGAGGAUGAGAACCUUUUCCCAGACCAAUCAAAUACUGACAUUAUUCUACACCUUGAAGUGAACUGUGAAAGCAGUACUGGAAUAAAAACAUUAUCUGAUCUCUGGAAUAUAAGGCCGCAGUCUACAAUCGAUGAAGUUGGCAGCAUUGAGUACAAUGCAUUGAGGACAGUAAUUGUACUUAAAAUUGAAGAUGAAAAUGAUAACCGUCCAGAGUUCAGUACCAUAGCAUCACCACUUACAGUCGGUUACCCCAACGCCGAGAUUACCAGGCAAUUGCUGCCACCUUUCUUAACACAGGUCCAGGCCGCGGAUAUCGACGAGGGAGAGAAUGCCAGAAUAAGGUACAGUUUGCUGCCGGCUGAUCAGUUCGCUAUACGCGAAGAAACUGGAGUAAUUUAUCCAAUAGCAGGAGCCUUCAAAUAUGAGGACACACGUUUCACAGUUCAUGCAAGUGAUGCCGAAGGCGAAGGAGAACCCCUUGAAGUCAACGUGAAAAUCCUAAACCAUGACAACCUUCUAGUCGUCAAGGUAGCAGAAUCUAUAUUAGAAGACACAAAUGCAAUUCUACAGAAAAUUUCCUCCAUCACUGAAUAUAAUGUUAAGUCACUGUCUGCUGCAGUUAUUGCUGAUGAUGAUGAUGAUGAUGAUGACACUAGUUACAGACAAUUGGGUAACUUGAAGUCCACAAGGAAUUCGGGAGGCUCUAUUCUUUGGUUGGUUGUCUAUGGUUUGAACAGUAGGGAAGAACUUGUUCAUUCCUCAGAUAUUAAACUACAUCUGGAUGGGCAACCCGAAUUUAAAGCAGAAACUUGGACGAGUGUCAAUAACGGUGGUGACGGUGAUGGUAGCAGUGAUAUGGGCCUGCUGCCUGCCGUCAUUGCUCUGUCAGUGAUCUUGGCGAUUCUACUGGGUGGUGCUGUCGUUGUUUACGUGCUGUAUAUCAGACCAAAAAGGGACAAAGAUCAGGAUUAUUAUGACAGAUUUUUGACCAGUGAUCGUCACUCUUCAGCAUCGUCAUUAGAAGGAAAUGGAGUUGUGUCUACCGCAGAAGAUAAGAGUAAUCCACUUGAAAAUGUUCAGUUCAGUAGCACCAUGAAAGAGACUGAACCGCCUCCGGUGGCAUCGACCAUCUUGCCGCGUAUAACGACGACAGAACCAGACCAAGAACUCAGUAACUGCACUGUGCUAGGAGAUUUUGACCAUGGAGCAACUGAUGACUUUAGAGGUACAAGUGGUGAAGACGUUAGUGAAAAUGAAGAUGUCAAAGAUGAGAUGACAAGGAGAAAAUCAGUUGUAACUUUCAAUGAUAAUGUUGAACGUAUUGAGAUAGAGAGACUGUGAAAUAAAUAGAAAGUGAUUAAGUUACUGCAUAAACGCACGCAAAAACAUCAAUUGUAGAUGUAAAACCGGUCUUUCAUCCAGAUAACUAAAAAUGUUACACAGCAUCAAUAGUCAAAGGUUUGACAGCCACAAAAGACAAAAAUUGGCCGUGAUGUAGAAGAGUUGUACUUAGAUACUUACACAGUACGUAAACAUCUCUUUACAUUGCUCAAACAUCCAGAGAUACGUGAAGAGUUGGAAAUUCAAAAGAUAUGCAGAAUUUAAGUUAAUUUAUUGCUUAAAAUAGGAACAGAAGCAGUUCAGAUUUUAAUGGAGUAUAAUAUUAGUGGCCCUAAUGAAAAUUUAUUAAAAAAAAAUAAUUUUGGUUUAUGUUGGUCAGUAUAUUUGACCAGAUUACAGGCAGUCCAUAAAUUUCUGUUAAUAAAAAGUUUUUAUAUGCAGAUGUUGAUGAAUUUUGAUGGUGAAUCUUUGUAGUAAAACCACACUUUCAGGUUGUAUCAGCUAAUCCGGGCUCCCACUUCACUUGAGGACAAAAUUAAUUUUAAGCAUAACAUUUAUGAUAUUCACUGGCUCAGUAGCUGUGUCAGACUUCAUCUGUAUAAUUUAUUGAUAUAAGAUUUUUAUUUAUGGUGUAUACAUGUUUGGGUAUGAAGAGUUUUCUUGAGAAUUUACUGUCUCUAUAUCCUAUCAAAGAUUUUCACACUCCAUUUCUCAAGAGGCAGAUAAGAUGGCCAGAAGGUCUUUUAUUUUUACUCCGAAAAUUUCUUUCCAGUUUUUUUAACUUUGCAUUAAUAGCUUUAAUCAUCAUAAGUUACAAUAUUUACACCACGUACUAGUAUUGUUCAAGGCUCACGUGUGUUCUUUUCUCCGUAACGAGUACAAAAGCUCUUUGAUCUGAAAAAUAUUUUAAUAUAAGAUGCUUUACAGAAUUGGUUUAGACAAUUUUUGAAAAUCAGAAUGGUUAAAGACAAGAAGUGCUACAUUCAUGGACAAUAAUGCUUUUUAAAAUAUUUUGACUUGCUAUUCUGAUAAACUUCCAAACAAUUAAGUACCUGUGUGCUCAGGCCGAAGUGUCAGUUUGUGUGUAUAGAAGAAACUGAACAAGUUGAAAAGCUAAGUAAUGAAAUAUGGAUCCAUAAAAAAAUACAAAAUACAAAUGUAGAGAGUUAUUUAAGACUGCUUUGUUUUUAUUUAUUUUUCCCUUGAAUAUUUUUAUUCUUCAGUCUUGCGCUUUAAAGGCCUAACUGGCUGAUUUCUGUUUCCAUCAUCAUUAACACCGACUUCCUGUGUUUUUUUGCUUCAUUGUGGCUGAUAACCAGUAUUCUGUUCCUCCCUUCUCUACCGAUCCCUUUGUUUAUCACAAAAUUAUUGCCGAGAGAACAGCACAGCUUGAAAUAGAGGGCCUAAGACGUAUAUUACAAACUUCACUGUGUGCAAUUUAUAGCCUAUGAUAUAGGCUAAUUAUUUUGAAAGUCUCUUAACCUGUCAAUUUAAAAAAUUAUAGUAUUUAUGCAAUAAAACAUGUUAGCCUACUUAAUUUAAA